GCAUACUUCGUUUUUUCGUCAGGGUGGGUGUGCGCAAAAAUCGGUCGGCAAGCAAUUCAAAAGUUAGAGCAAUCGGAGCGAACUAAAAGAGAGAAGAACUUACUAAAUUGUAAAAGAAAAAUAAAAAGGCUAACCGACUCGGCGAGCUGUGUUUAUUUCGACAAGUAUUUAAAUAUUUGGAGUGCAAGCCAAGGCGAAGGAAGUGGAAGGACAAGCAACGAAAUCGUGCUCUUAUCCGUUCCUGUACUGUGUCUCUCUUUCGCUGCGAGAGUGAAUGUGUUGGUGUGAGUGUAGAAAUUUGCAAGAACAGCAACGCCAAUAAACGAGGAAUCGAGAAAAAAACGCAGUGGCGCGUGAAUCACGAGCAAUCUGAAUCAUCUCCCUACGGCAAUACCUGUUUCUGUUGGCGAAUACUUUAUUGCAAAUAAAUCCCAAAAGAUGGAGCACCACGAGGACAACGCGCAAUUGGACAACUACUUGCAGAACCGGCUGGCCGAAUGCCUGCAAAUUUCCGGAGGCGCCGGCGAGCAUAAUCCUCAUGUUGGAGACGCUACUGGGGACAACUGCUCCGCUCCUGUCAUCGCGGCCUCAAAGUCGGAAGAAGUCGACGCGGAAGAAGACGAGGAGUGGAAGUACAUACACGAGGUGCAGCAGAGUGAAAAGAUUCAACAGGAAAUGCUUUCCCUGACAAAGGAGACUGGCAAUGGUUUUGGACCCGUACUAGACCCUGAGAAUCACGUCCUCGGAAACGGAGCUGCCGCGGGCUUCAAUCUGGCCUACGAAGAGGACGUGGAAGUGAUCAAGAACGAUGGUGACUUUUCCACAAAUUCUAACACCACUACUUCAACGGACGAGGUGGUAGCCCAGCAGAUCCAGAAGGCAGACCAGUUGGUGGAGCAGCUUCAACAGCAGCAGUUAGAACCGCAAGAAGUUCAUGAGGAUCUCCGUCAGGAAGACGAGGAUGAGCACAGCUCCGUAGCCACUACUUAUGGAACCAGCAGUCUCAGUGAGAACAAUUCCUCGCCUUUAAACCACGAAGAGGUCUUAAUGGCGGCCCAACCAGUUGGUAAAGAGCUGUUAGUGGGCUUCGACAACAAGGAGAACUGCGAUUUUGUUAAAGAACUGGAGGAAAACCACUCUCAUCUAAAUCCCAAUGCUGUGGCCUUUGUGCCUUGCUUUGGGUCACAGCCGUCGUCUCCCCUUCCGGCUGCUGAAGAUCCCCUGCCCCGCCAAUUUCUACCGGGGGGAGCCCUCGACGAUCUGGUGGCGGAAAGUCCGCGCAAAGAAUUCGCCAGGAUCAACAUGGAUGCUAUUGCGGUGCCCGAUGAGCGGGAAUUUGACAUUGAAGCGGAUAUGCGACCUCACGAACUAGAGCAGGAAUCUGACAUUUUUGGAGCAGGAAACCUUGAGAUGCAGUUGUUGAAUGGUUUAGGAACCGCUGAGCCAGCAGCCUUAAGGGAUGUUCUGGAUCAUGGUCCAGAAACAAGUGUCGAUAUGGACUUGCCUCUAGAGCAGGUGGCGGACGGCGCCGACAUCAUGAAACAAUCAAUUUAUGCCGAGCACAACGCCUCCAUUGAAGAUAUUCUAAAUUCCGUGCAACCUUUGCCCAUUCAGACAGGUGAUGACAAGGAACUAAUUCAUGUGGAGGAGAAAGAAAGUGUUUCAAAGUCGCCUUCUACAGAGGAACUUCAGUUUCACUGCGAUUUUCCAAACAAUCAGGACUCGCACACAUUGCUCAAUAACAUUCAGCGAGAUCCAAUGCAAGCUUCAUUUUACUUGGAAAAUACCUCGAUGAAGGCGCAAGAGGACCACCAGGAGCUAAAGCAGCUACCCGCUGAGUGCUCUGAUAUUUUUGCCGACCAGAGUUUGUUGCUAGACACCAGUGCACCGCAGUUUAGCUCUGAAGCAGACUCUCCUGUGUCGAAAUUGGAGCUGGAGUCCCAGCAAGCCGGCAUUGAAGACAUCACGCCUUCUCCCCUUUCCUCCACUGCGGAGAAACAUCUGGUUGAAGACACCAAGGAGUUGGUUGGGGAGUGUACGUUGAAUCCGGAAUCCCAUCUCUUUGGGGUUAUUUCAUCCGAAGCUCCUCCACAGAACGACGAGGAGUACGCUGCCCUUAAAUCAGUUUCCGGUUGUGAAACUCAAAACAUUGAUGAAAUAUCACCUGCAUCGCAAGGUAUUAAUCCGUUUGCCCAGCCUUUCACACCGGCCCAUCUGAAAACUCAGCAGGAGGAUUUAGGAGGUAUGCCUAUAAAUGCUUCCGAGGACUUCGCUAUAUGUGAUAAAGAUGCGAGUAAGUCUACAAAGAGAGAGGACCAAAGUGAGCAACAAGUCAUCGCAAAUGAGGAACUGCAAGACGCUGUUGGAUAUUUCAUUCCCCAGGAUGGAAAUCUUGGCACUGAAAAGAACUUAGUUGCUGAAGACUGUGUAAUCGAAAAUAUGCAGCCUGCAUAUUCGGAAGAGCGACUACCUAUUGCUGUUUCAGAGGGGACACCACUUUUAUCUCCUUCAAAUGAGAAACUUUUGCCUGGUACUCCAGAUGAGCAAUUGCUGCCUUCUGCUUCGGAAAAGGAACUGCCCUCUGCUGAUGCAGAGAUGCAAUUGUCAGUCGCUGCCGAUGGUCAGCGACCGAUGGUUUUGAGUGAAACUCAAAACAUUGAUGAAAUAUCACCUGCAUCGCAAGAUAUUAAUCCGUUUGCCCAGCCUUUCACACCGGCCCAUCUGAAAACUCAGCAGGAGGAUUUAGGAGGUAUGCCUAUAAAUGCUUCCGAGAACUUCACAGAGAUGCAAUUGUCAGUCGCUGCCGAUGGUCCGAUAAUUUCUCAGUUAGAUGAAAAUGUUAUCUCAAGUAAUAAACCUUUGGAAGAUAUUUUAGAAGUAGAAAAAAAUAUUGAAGUUGUGAAAACUUUGUCCAAAGUAACUUCUGUUGCUACUGUAGCUGGAGGUGCGGUUCCUGGUGCUACCAAACCCCAUUCAGCGACCAAAGCAGGAUCUACAGCAGCUAGUGCUAAACCGAAAACAGCAUCCUUAGCAAUGAAGAAGACUACACUGAGCACUACUUCUGUUUCCGGGACAAACAAGUUAGCCGGCCCACGUCCAAGUACCACCCGCCUUGGAACCAAAACUACAAGUAUAGAUACGAAAACUGUGACUACAUCUGCAGGAACUGGAAACCCUCGAAAAUCACUAAGCAGCAUUGCCGCAUCUACAGUAAAGCCACCGACCAAGUUAAGCAGUACUAGACCAGUUACAGCUCCAGUGAGCAAGGUAACAUUAGGGGCCAAAACCUUAACAAACAAGCCGACUGCAAGUGGAACUACAUCUGCUAAUGCAACCAGGACAACACUUCGUAAACCAGCAACAAGUGGAACCGUAACUGGAGCCUCCUUAACUGCUCGACGACCAGUAACAAAUGCUACAGGAUCUGCUCCUAGCAGCGCUGCUUCAACAAAAGUUCGCCCUGCGGCCACAAUGACAGCCCCAGUCAAGCCUAAAGUUUCGUCGCCGCGCAGCACCCUUUCUACCACCACCACUGUACGAAAGGUACCUAGCACGUGUGCUCCUUCCCUUUCUACUCGUAGCCCUACCAAGCAGCAAGCCAAUGGAUUAGGCAAAAAUACCAGCUCUACCACCGCUUCCACUACUACCGCAACUAUUACAAAAUCGUUCACAGCUCGCCCAGCUCCUAAGUUUACGCAUUCUGCUAGCUCCACCAAUAACAAUGGGAGUACAACACGACGAUUACAGGUUCCUGGAAGCUCUACUACUACAACCACGUCGUCUUUCAGGAAGUCAUCACCAUCAAAGGCAGUGCCAGGCAAAGCUACAUCUAAGCCACUGACACCGAGUUCCAAAGAUGGCGCCACUAAGUCAUCGCCGGUUGUAUUAAAAGCUAGGAAGCCUACUUUGAAUGGCAAGGAAGGGGUAGCACCAUCACCCAAAAAUACUUUAACCACUAAUGGUCAGAGCAAUGCGGAAGAAGUUGUCAAGCUUAACGGAAACGGACUUCAGGAAGAGGAUAAGAUUAUUGAAGAGCAACCGUUUCAUGACCAAGAUGUCCUUGCCCAAAAUGAAGUGUCCCUUUUGGACUUUUAAUGUACAUCCUAAAUUCCAGAUCACACAGUUAAUAUUACUUUAUUAAUACUGAGAACAUAUUAAGGAAAAGUGUUUAAAACGAACAGAAGAAAAUUUAGAAGACUUAAACAGAAAAACGAGUAAUACAAUAGCAUCCUGGUAACCAAAUAAGGAAUUUUUGCUCAUUGUACUUAUUUAUAUACGAUUGCACUCUUGAUUUCUUGCUGCAUAUUAUUAUAGUAUUUUAUUUAAAACAAUAAUGAACUAUUUCAAAUGAACGCGGAGUGAACGAAUGUUUGUGCUAUUUUGUAAAGAAAACGAAAGAAAAGUGUCACCAAGUGCUGCGUUAUUUAAAGAUUUAAUAUUUACGUUUGAAAUGUUUUCAAUAUAUUUUUUACUCACGUUCUUUAUUGUAUUCAAUUGCGUCAACUUAAAAAAAAAAACAAUUACAAAUUGUCCUUUAUCGAAAAUAAUUUUUGUUUUAAUUUUGAGAAACACUAAAAAUAAUCAAACAAAAGAAACAUUGUGUAGCAAGAACUAAAAAAGAAAGAAAAUGCAAGUCAAACUAUCGCCUUUUAGUCGGCAUCCUAAAAAAAAAUACCGAAAUCUAAAACGAAUUAAAGCUAAUCCAACGAAAACCAAGGUUAUUUGACCAGCGAAACUAGUAGACUGCUUAUCUACAAAAAAAAAAAUCUUAAGAGCACUUAUAAUUUUAUUAUUUAAAACAACUGAAAACACCUUACUUUUGAAUUGGAUUUAUAUUAUAAUAAUGUGGAAAUUGAGCAGCACUAUAAACAUGUUUAGUACAGAAAUUAAACGAGAAUAAGCUCUUUACCCAAUGUAAUCUCAUAAUUUCAAAAACAGUUCAAGAACGUUUUCCAUUUCACAUUUUAUUACGUUUUGCUUCUAAUAAUUGUGACUCAGUUAAAAGUGUAUUAUUAUAUUUAAUUUGUUGAUUAUGCCUCAUGGAUCAGAAAACUGAAUGUAUGCCCAGCACCCCUAUACGGUCUCUAUUAAGAAUUGGUUGAAAUGAUGUGCUUACAUUGUACUUCCCAGCACAUGUCAUUUUCUGAUUUAACACUCCCGAAAACACUUUAUAUUUUAAUUGGAUUAAAAAUAUAAUAAUGUGGAAACUGAGCAGCACUAUAAACAAGUUUAGUACAGAAAUUAAACGAGAAUAAGCUCUUACUCAGUGUAAUCUCAUAAUUUAAAAAACAGUUUUAAAACGUUUUCUAUUUCACAUUUUAUUUCGUUUUGCUUCUAAUAAUUGUGACUCAGUUAAAAGUGUAUUAUUAUUUAUAAUUUGUUGAUUAUGCCACAUGGAUCAGAAAAUUGAAUGUAUCCCCAGCACCCCUAUACGCUCUCUAUUUAUAUAUGUGUUUAAUACAAAACUACAAUAAUAUAAAAAUUAACAAGAAAAUUUUUUUAAAAUAA